AUGACAAGAAGGCGACGUAUCCACGACGCAGCAGGCGGGGCAACUGGAUGGCGACCUGCCGCGGAAGGAACAGCAUGGCAACGCGUAGGAGGGGGGAAAUCUCCUCUUCCUGCAAAUCAACAGAUGGCAGCCAGCGCUGCGGACAUUGAACCAAAGCAGCAGGCCUCGGCCGAUCUACCAAAGGCUGUUGCAGGAAAGCAGAGCAGCGCCUCGAAACCGGACAAGACAAAUGCCGACACUGAGGCACCCCGAAUCGUUUGCUUCGCUGAAGCACUGAUCGCUCCCGGCGCGUUCGAGGCGGAGGCGCCAGCCAUCGAUACGGCGGAAGGGGAAGCAGUGCCAGCCAAGGAUAUCGAACCAACUCGGGCCCAGGAUUUCGAGCACAACCUGCCAAGUCCUUCAUCCUCCGCAUUGAACUUGCGCUCCGAAGCACCCCCAGAGGCGGUUGGAUGGCUUAAAACCACAACCUGGAGAAUAUGCCAACUGGCAAGGCCUUGGACGAACCGAUUCAAUGUGGUCGAGGACAGGGAUUUGCCUAUGGAGCGCAUUCUCUGCAAGUACGGUCUGCCGAUCCUUUGCAAUGCUGCUAGCAGCACCUUGACAGAUUUCGACCUGGAUGCCUGCACGGCUAAAGACUGGGAGAGAGAGCCUAAAACACAAAUCGAGAGUCCAAAAGCAGCUGAUGACGAGCGUCCUCCAGCAUAA